AUGACAGACGUCGAUGUCCGGCCAGGAAUGAACGGGUUACCAGCUCCCAGGAUGACGCCUGAUCCCCCGAAGAAGCGUAUAUUCGAUGAACUGGAAACGACUGACCAUCCGGAGUCCGUACCGACGGCACCACCUAAUGCCGAAAAUGAUAUUGAUUUGAAGGCCACCCCCACUGCCAUGACCUCAACCAUAACCGCAGACCCUUCCCCUGCUCCAUCAGGGGCCCCGUCAUCCAACGUUGACGUAGCUGGCGGUCCAACCCCUUCUACACCAAAUGAUAAGUCUACCAACUCAAAUAAAAAGCGGAGGCUAUCGCCUGCCAGUAAGGAAGCCAAGGAGCGACAGAAGGCAGAGGAAAAGGCUAAAAAGGAAGAGGAACGGAAGCUAAAGGAGGAAGAAAAGAGGAAACGUGAUGAGGAGAAGGAAGAGGAACGCAAGAUAAAGGAGAAAGAAAAGAAGAAGCGUGAGGAGGAGAGGGAGGAGAAGAGACGGCAGAAAGAGGAAGAGAAGCAGGCAAAGGAAGACGAGAAGCGCAAGAAGGAAGAGGAGAAACAGAAGAAGGAGAGGUCCCAAAUGAAGCUGAAUGCUUUCUUUGCAAAGCCGAAGGGCAGUUCUACCUCCUCAAAGACAACGGAGUCUGACGGAGCUGGAAGUGGAACCACCGUCAACUCAACCUCGGAAACUAUGAAGAAGGAGAGCAGUCAGAAAUCCGAUUUCGAACUUGUCUUUCCGCCAUUUUUUAUACAAUCACACGUAAAGCUGGCUCCGAGCCAUCGGUUUGAGCGAGACGCAAGUUCCCUGAGCCACGCUCGCGAGAAGCUAGACAAAAUCCGUCAAACGAAUUUUGGACUGGACAGUUCUAUGCCACCUCAACAGUAUAAGCCUACCGAACUCUUCCAGAUGAUAUCAUAUAAACGGCUGCAAGGAGAUCCAGCCAUCCCGUCCGUGAAAGAAAUUCUCCUUCGAUUCCAAGAUCCGGGAUAUAAUAGUAUUGACCUUACGGAUACGAAUAACACGGCUGCAACGGCAACUCAUGUUGAAAAACUUCUUCGAAAGAUACCCAUGAAAGUCCUGAGCUUCAGGGAAGACGUCCGGCCGCCAUAUCAAGGCACAUUCACCAAGCGGAUACAGCAACGAUCUGCUCGAAAGUUAUGUCGAAACCCAUUUUGGCGAGGUGUACCUGAUUUUAAUUAUGAUUACGACUCAGAAGCAGAGUGGGAAGAACCCGAGGAAGGAGAGGAUAUUGUUUCGGAGGGCGAAGACGAGAUGAGCGAUGACGGGGAAGACGAUAUGGAUGAUUUCUUGGAUGACGGAGAAGACGACACUGCGAAUACUAAGCGGAGGAUGAUUGUUGGAGACCUCGAGCCUAAGUGUACGGGGAUAUGCUGGGCAGAAAAUAGCGCUGAUAACCCAAUAUUAAUUCAACAUCAGAUGGAGAUUAUACCUGACACCAUAUCAUUUCCCAUCGACCCUUUUCACAACUACUGGAAACCGAAAAAGACAGCGCAACCCAACGAUUCUCCAUUCAAGGUCCCUCAUCGACCAUCUUCGACUAAGAAGACUUCCUCGAAAUCUCAAAGCCAAACUUUACUCUCCGCAUCAGCAACCUCCUCGGCAGCGAAAAGCUCAAAGAGGACCGAGCAAAUGGUCAUGGUAGCAAUACCUAAUCCAAAGCCUCGACAUCGAUUCCCAGAAGAUCAAUUUUCAGAUUUUAAAAAGGCUGUUUCAGGAAGCAAUCUAACAAAGGCAGGAUUGAUCGAAGUUUUAAAGAAACAAUUUCCCAAAGUUUCGAAAGAUAUUAUCAAGGAGACUUUAUCAGCCAUAGCGGCGCGACAGGGCCAAAAAGAGGUAGAUAAGAAAUGGGUUCUGCGAUAG